AAAAUUAAGAACCACGAAUGCCUUCUCUGACUUGGAAAUCCAAAACGAUUUUGUACACGUAUACUUGGAAUCUUACAACACCUACCCGAUAGUACAAAUUCAUUUGAACUGGACUACCAUAUCAAACUACAUGUCACUCUCGUUCGUUUUUCGUCUGACUCAAUCUUUUGAUUAAAUGCCAUGCGACUCUUACUUCUGACCGUACUUAAUUAGUCCUUUUUUCUUUUUUAGUCUUCCUAUCGAUCCCCCUAAUGAAUACUGUUGACGAUGCGCAAUCCGGCGCUGUUCCCGCCGUAUCGCAAGAUGAAACGAAAUCAAAUUCGAGCUCGAUAGAGACUAGACCCGUUGGCAAGAUACAAAGCCGUCCAAUAAGUCCGACACAGCAAGACAUCCCUACGUCGACAAGCACCCGACAAGAUAUCGUCACAAAAGCGCUACAAUUUCUUUCCACUGCGACCCCUAAUACGCUCGGGGCUAUUGCAAUUGGACUUGCUGCUACAACAUAUUUUAUUCUUGGUCAGAUUGGCCUUGUGUUGAUUGGAGCUUUUGCCGGCAUUACAUUGUUCGCAACAUGGGAAUCCCGGCAUCCCGAAGUAUCACGGGCUGUCCGGGGCGAAAGGGGCUACGAUUUGCUAGACCGUAUCUUAGCAACUUCAAAGCCGGGCGUUGGGCUCGGGCAAGACGACGGAAACAAUGAACAGAGUCUAAUCCAGACAUUCGAAGACUUCCGACCGGAAACGCGACAGGCGCUCAAUGCCCUUGUCGACGCUGUUAUUCGUGAUUAUGUGGACUGGUGGUAUGGACCUAUUGUACCAUCAGAUAGAUCUUUUCCCUUCUCCUGCAGAAGAGUUCUUGUUAACUUUGUACUUUCUAUUUCUAACCAAUUGGGGCGCAAACGACCUGCCGAUGCUUUUGUCGACUUCCUUACCCAUACGUGCUCUAUCAUCAUCGUCUUCCUGUCCGAGAUGGCAUCCGCCUAUUCCGAACUCCCCUCCGAUACGAAUUUAACUGCGGCCGAUGCUAUAUACAAUUAUCUUGCCUCAAACACUGAGGCCCCGUUGUCAAACCUACUUAAUCAGAGACAGCAGGCGGGGAAGUUUAAAAUGGUCGCUGAGGAUUUGUUGGGCUUCCUUGAUAAAUCUGCAUACGAUUGUGACCCUGCAAGAGUAUUUUUAAGGGAGAUUCUAUCAACAAUCGUCCUCGAGGGUACCUUACAAACAUGUUCUAAAGCGGAGUGGAUUAACGCCUGGAUCGUCUAUCUCCUCGAGUCUGGAGAAACCGAUCUGUCGCAAGCCAUCGACGACGCCAUUCAAGAUCAGAAGGCCUUUGGCGAUGUUGAUGGCAAUGUCGGAAACAUUGGACUCUCUAGGGGCAAUCGCAAUUCAUACGAAAUGGAUCGAGCGCGUCGCAAAGAGGCAACACACAAGAAACAGCUAUCUAAAGCAGACGAAGAGAUGGAGAGGGCCAUGGAAGAGAUGAAAAGACUUAAUGAAAUGAUUGCGGAAGCCGAUAAAACAAACGUAGUACCGAAUCUCCCGAAUGGGAGCCAAACAAACGCUCCUGGUCUUCUGAAUAAUGCCCUAGAGAAAAACGGCAAGGAGCUUGAUCUGAAAAUCAAUGAAAAGUCGAAUGGUAUCCCACCAGAGAAACCUAAGAGUGCAGACUCGAAUCCCAGGGUCAUGGCAGGAGAGGCAAGAUCUGGUAAAGCUGAAAAUAAAGAAGAGCAAUUGAAGUCUCCCAUCUCUCUCAAGUCGCCUACGGAUACCUCAACUCACGUUUCAUCGCCUUCCAAUGGACAAGUGGGACACCACAACCACCGAUUUACAAGCUUCGACCAAAUAGUUCCGCCAGCGACAGAAGAACCAGAAGAAAGCGAUUCGCAUAACCCACCGCCACUCACGUUGCACAAUGCUACUAUUACUAUCCACGACGAUACCACAAAUGAUAAGGGUCGGUUACGCGGCAAGCCUACUUGGGAGUUUCUCCUUCAGAUCGAGCCGGCAACUUCUCAUUACCCCGGGUGGAUGUUGAUGAAAACUUACGUCCAAUUCGAGAACCUCCAUGAGAGCUUACGGCGAAUUGCAACCAUCUCAGGAUCGACUGCUUUUCUAGAAGCUUUCGCCGUUUUCCCUAGCUGGAAGGUCCACACAAGAUCAUCCUUACGUGGCGAGAUUGAGAGAUAUAUGCGGACAGCAUGUGCUGAAAAAUCUCUGGCUGAAUCAGAAGCGUUUAAACGUUUUCUUGACAAAGGCCAGGAAACAAGAAUGGGUACCAACAGAGGAUUCUCUUUCGAAUCGAUGGGCAAAGGCAUGCUCGACGCCAUCCAGAAUGCACCCAAGGGAGCAUUAGACGGCGGGAAAGUUGUAGUUGGUGGAGUAACCGGUGUUUUUGGAAACAUUGGUUUAGGGCCAAGAAAGUCGACUAACUCAUCAUUGAGCGAGCUCCAGACGAAGGAAAUUAGUAAAACACAAAGCCCUAGUAGCGCACGACCACUUUCGAUGUCUGCACUUCCAAGGAUGGAUAGCGUCUCUUCGAUAAAUGGGUCGGGGAAGUCUAGGGACAGUCUCGACAGCCAACAAUCGUCCGUCAUUUCGGUGCAACCGGGCAAAAUGGCCCCUAUGGAACGGCGCCCUAGCUACCAAGUAGAUAUGGACCAAGAUAGCCUUCAUCCGGCAAGGGCCGACCGUUGGGAACGGAAUUCUGUUAGCGCGACGAGUAGUAGGGUACAUAGCCGUGCCUCGAGCGCUGCGGCGCUCCGCUCUCCUGUACGAUCUCCUUCCGAAUUGAGCUUUACUAACAUUAAAUUGCCACCUCCACCGGAUGAGAUCACAGACGAUUAUGGCUCCCCAACGAGCACUCGUCUUAGUGUUGACGGGAAUUCCCGAUUUAUGUCAACGAAUGGCACAUCACCCGUCCAAUCUUCCAAUUCAAAUCAACAAGGGAAAUUGUCACAGGCAAGUGCGCCUAUCAAGAGGCCAAGUAGGCAAUAUGCACCACUCUCAGAGCAGGAGACUCGUGUAGCAGUUGAACUCUUGUUCGCAGUAAUCAACGAGCUCUACACAUUGUCAUCGGCUUGGAAUAUCCGCAGAACACUCUUGACAGCAGCAAAAUCGUUCCUACUCCGACCAGGCAACCCGUCCCUCAUAUCCAUCCAAUCCCUUGUCCAGGAGUCGGUUCUGGAAGCAAACACGUCCGAUAGUAGCAUUGCUACAUACCUGCGUAAGCUUCGGGAGAAUUCCAUGCCAACAGAGGAAGAGCGAAAUGCUUGGCCAAAGGAAAUGACUACAGAAGAGAAAGAGGAGCUAAGGGUGAAGGCCAGGAAGCUAUUCAUCCAAAGUGGGGUGCCAGCUGCGUUGAUGGGGAUUAUGGGGCAAUCGGCGACGAGUGAGGCACUUGGUCGAGUUUUCGAUUGUCUCCAGAUCGAGGAAGUAGCCAGGGGGCUCUUCUUUGGAGUUAUGUUGCAAGCCGUAAGAGUCGUGACGCACUGAACUGGAUUACUAAAGGCGUUUUACAAAUCAACAGGUCGGCGCAUACGAAGCGGGAAUGGGCGGUGGAAAUUGUGUACAAGUUUGGUACGUGUUAUAUGUCGACCUAUCAUGGCGGCCGGUGUACAUCGGGUUUGGUCAUAAUCCCAAUUGGGUGUGUAUGAAUAUCUAUACGACGAUGUUGUACGACUACGACUAUACUACUUUUAAACGAACGAGACUUCGAAAGUCCACGAAAUUAUCGGCGGCGUUUCCAAAAUAGGGAAUCAUGAAGAAACGAUACUACCAUUUAAUUACAUUACAUACAUAGGGUCCUUAUUUAAUCCACCGAUAAAGGAAGAAUUACUUAACACGAUUCAAUUCACAUAUUAUUUACCAUUUAGC